AUGGCUCCAAUCGACUUGAGUAGCCUCUCCAGCAACUGGAAAAUUCUGCAACAACGACUCAAGCCUUCUACACCAGCAGCGUCCAAGGACAAGAAGCCGGACAGCGAGACGCAGGCCUCGCUCAAGCGCAAGAGAUCUCAGUACGCCAAUGUGAAGCAAGAACAUGGCUCUGCGAAGCCUUUGAAUGGUUCAGAGAAAAGCACUCCACGAAAACCUCUGCCCUCGAGAAAGCGACAAAGGAUGGAGGAGCCUGCCUAUGUCGGCGCAUCAGUCAAGCGACAUGAGACGAAAUCACUCUCCAAGAGCACGUCAAUGCCCUCGCUCAAGAAGACGCCUCUCCUCAGCGACGCCAAGGAUGACGAAACUGCAGUAUCGGUCAUCGAACCCCAUCCCGAUUUCCCCGAUGUCGAGAACGAAGGCGUGUCAGAGGUGGCGCUACCCGGCAAAUACGUGGCAUUGGAUUGUGAAAUGGUUGGAGUAGGACCAGAGCCCAAUCGCGACUCGGCACUUGCGCGAGUGUCUCUGGUCAACUAUCACGGUCACCAAAUCUACGAUUCCUACGUGCAGGUACCGCGGCACAUUGAAAUCACAGACUACCGAACUGCCGUCUCUGGAAUUGAGCCCAAGCACAUGCGAAAAGACGUCGCCCGGCCCUUUGAUGAAGUACGGAACGACCUCAAGAUACUGCUCCAAGGGCGCAUACUGGUUGGACACGCCGUGAAAAACGAUCUCGAUGUGCUCAUCUUGAAGCAUGACAAGCGCCUCAUUCGCGAUACAUCCAAGUUUUCAAAGUUUAGGGAGUUGGCAUCAAUACCAGGGCGUACGCCAGGGCUGAAGCUGCUAGCAGCGAAGCUGCUCGGCGUGGAGAUACAAGUUGGUGCGCAUAGUUCCGUUGAAGAUGCCAGAGCGACCAUGGCGCUGUUCAGGCUGGAAAAGGACAGUUUUGAGCAAGAGAUACGGCAAAAGUAUGGAAAUGUCCGUCUCGGUGCUCCGGCAGGCGAGGUUGACGCCGGUGGUGAUGAUGAGGUCAAGAAGAAGAGCAAAAACAAGAAGAAGAAAAAGAAGAAGAAGCACUAG